AUGAGGCGGCCUGGUGCGGCACAUUCAGUUGCCUGGAAACAUCGAAACCGAGAGAUUUGGGUCCAGGUGCAACCUUAUGAGGAGACCGUUAACCGAGGAACCUUUCGAACCUUGACUGAUGUGGUCAAAAUCCGUGGACUGCGUGGCUUGUAUCUCGGACUUGCUCCAAAUGUGAUCGGUUCCAGUGGUUCAUGGGGUCUGUACUUUCUGCUCUAUGCAGCACUGAGAAGUUCUUUACAAAAAGGAGACGCCACCAAACCUCUUACUGCUCUGGAAUACUUUGGCUGUGGUGCGCUAGCCGGUUCGCUAACUUUGACAGUCAUGAAUCCUAUAUGGGUUAUCAAAACACGCCUCUGUCUUCAAUACGAGCAACCCGCAUCUCGUCAUUCGGUCCAACCUAGCAUCUCGCUACGAACCCUGUCCACCUGGGAGGCUCUAACAAACUUGUGGCGAUAUGAGGGUAUCACUGGGCUCUACAAAGGCUACCUCCCUGGUUUGGUGGGCGUCAGUCACGGAGCCAUACAGUUUAUGUUGUACGAGAAGAUACGCAAUGCUUACAACGAACGUUGUCGACAUCGGCCAGUGAAUGCCAAAUUGACAUCGUGGGAGUAUUUUACUUUCGCUUGUUUGUCCAAGUUGGCCGCCACAUCGCUAACAUACCCGUAUCAAGUUGUUCGAACUCGCCUACAAGAUCAGCAUCGGCAACAGCGCGGGGUCAUACAGAUCAUUCAAACGAUGUACAGGUAUGAAGGCCUACUUAGCUUUUACAAAGGCUUGACCCCCAAUCUACUUCGUGUAACUCCGGCUUGUGCUGUUACUUUUGUUGUGUACGAACAGAUGAUAGCAGUACUAAACAAGUCUUUCCAUGCUUGAAUUUAGAGCUCGUAAGGCAUUUUGCAGCCUUUUUCACAAUGGCAGAUUCGUUUUCCAUCGCGUACGUCGCCUCCUCUGAUUAUUAGGGUCCUUUUGUCCUAAUACAUCUUUUCAAUCGCAG